AUGGCAUCUUCAUCCACUACCAUUCCAUAUGAUGGUGGCAAUUCGACGCCGCAGGCAACUGUAACAGGGCUUUCACCACAACAAAAACCACCACAACUGCCAUCAUUUGACGUAGCUGUCCCGUUGCCUCCUUAUGAAUACCAAAUGAUUCCAAAAGGAGGCACGGGCAGCGUAACCUUCCCGGCGCCGCCUCAUGAAUAUAAUAUGACUCUGGAGCAAACUGCUCUUAACGUCCCGCUGUCUCCUUAUGAAUACCAAAUGACUCCGGGACAAACUGCUCUUUGUUUGUCCCGGUCACAUAUUGACCUUAUACUAAGUCAGAAUAAAGAAAAUGAGGCACGGGCGGUGGAAUAUGUCGCUAGCUUGUAUGCUAGGUUGGCUAGUUUAGAAGGUCGAACAAAUUCACGACAAGGUGGUAAAUCUCCGAAAAGUCCUGCAAGGGAUAUAUCAUCACCACUCCAAAUAUCAUCGAAUCUCUUGGUAAAAAUAAAUCUGCACCUUCGUAGGUUUUACUUUACAGAUUUUGAAUAG